AUGUCGUGUCAAUACAGCAUGGGGAAGGUCCGAUUCUUUAGGGUCAAAUCUUCGUCUUCCACAUAUCGCCCUCUGGAGGAGCUUCUUAUACAGAUAUACGAGAAAUGGGGCCAGAUAGCAGAACGGAGAAGCUUGAUGAUAUCUUGCCCGAUUUCGUUUUCGGAAGAAGAGAUCGAGCAAAGUCGACAGAAGACGGACGCAUGGGCUGCGGUUAAAAUGAAUUCGAAGAUUUACGAGCGCAAAUCUUGGAGCACCGGUAUAUAUACUGCUAGUCUAUCUACAUCGUUAGAAGGGAUCUCCAAACGCCUCAACAUGUCUUUCCUCGCAUCUCGUCUCCGGGAAUCCAUUACUGGAUCCCGAAUCGCACUUCGAUCCAUCUACAUCCAGCCCAUCACGGCAGCCUCAUCCUUCCACUCUUCCCGGACAGCUUUAUCACUGAAAGAAAGCGAUAAAAACCGUCCAAAUCUCGAGUCCCACUACGAAGCCGAGAAACAAGAUCAAUUGAAAGCUACUCGUGAGGGAAAAGCAAAAUGGAGGGAUGGGUUAGCCUCGAACAGCGAAUCAGACGUCAAGGCGGAUAGGGGAGAUCUUGAUAACGACUGUCCAAGCUUCGCAGAGAUGGAACGGAAGACCAAGGAUCUUCCGAACAGAAAGGGACACGUGAAUAAGACGCAGUAG